AUGGGGUCACGUUUCACGCAGUUCCUUCACUCUGGCUGUGCUGUAGGCGGUGGCCCCAUCGACCAAUCCGGCGCCUCGCUUAACCCGCAAGCUUCGACUUCACCUCACUCUUUCUGUCAUUCAUCUCUCGCUCUCCUCUCCCCUCCACCACCACCCAACCAACACAUCCGGCAGUCGAAGAGCUAUCCCUUCCCGGUCAAUUGUCUCCUUGAGAACCGACUGGCGACAUCGAUCCGUCACAAUGCCCACUGCUAUCCCCCCAUCACCGGCAUGCUUCGCCGAGGUCUGGUUCUGGACCUGAGCACCGCUUUUGGUUUCGGCACCACCUUCGGCUACCUCUGGUGGUACGGCUACCACCUCCCCCGUGUCCGUGCCCGCGACUCCUACUACGCCCGUCUGGAGACGGAGCGCGCCGCCCAGCGGGCAUAA